AUGUACUCGUGCGAGCCGGCAAACAUGUGCCAACAACUUGGAAUUACCAACAAUUGUCUGAACCUUUCCAAUGGAACGCUCGCCGGAUGUUGCUGUAACUCGGAUGCUUGCAUUGAUCCAACCGUCACCCCACCGAGAUAUCCAAAUGGACGUGCUGUUGCUGGGAUUCGAACAAUUUGCAACACCAACAAUACUGAUAUCACUCCUGUGACACCGACACAAAUACCGAGAAGAGACGUGAUCGCUUGCUUCCAGGGACUUCAUGUUAACAACAUUUCAAUCGCUGAAAGUUACACUGGAUGUGUUGGUGACUGUGCCUCGUUGACAGUUCAAUCAUCAGUCAACGGAGAUCAAUACAAUGUGACUCUUUACACCUGUGACCCAACCACCGUUUGCCAAGGAUUGGGAAUUGUCAACAGAUGUGCCCAAAUCCCGAACACACCAAUCAGCGGAUGUUGCUGUGACUCGGACGUCUGCAUCCAGCCAUACCAACGAAAAUAUCCCAAUGGCACAAACUCCCUUCAGUGCGGAGCUGGUCUCACUGUCGACUCCUCCAACUACACGAAUGUCUACCAAGUGCAAUGUGACGGAACAUGUGCCUCUGUUGAGACGACGAUCAGCGGAGCCCGUUUUGUCGGUUAUUUCUGCGCGCCCACCUCCACCUGCAAAACCCUCGACCUUCGCAACGACUGCCUCACCAUUCUGGGAGAUGCUGGCUCACCACAUGUUACAGCUUGCUGCUGCGACUACCAAAACUACUGCAACACUGAACGGAACCGAGUCCGACCGAUGCCGUACACACCAGCGACGAAUCGACCACCAAUCGCUUGCUGGGGAGGUCUUGGCAUCAACAACAACUUCUUCGACAAUUCUGGCCGUUAUAUGGCAUGUCAGGGUGAUUGUGGAAUGAUGACCUUUAGAACGUCGAUCGCUGGACAAGACACCAAUGUGACAAUGUACAGUUGCGAUCCGGUUGGCGUUUGCGAUCGAAUGUACCUCCAAAAUGCGUGCGGCACCUCGCCAACAGGAAUCUUCACGGGAUGUUGCUGUGACUGGAACGAUUGCAUCGAUAUUCCGAAUAGAAAGAUCAACCCCUAUCCAUUGCCCUCAUCAAUCAACUGCUACAUUGGACUCGGCUUCCAAAAUACAUCAGGCGGAAAUGUUACAAACAUUGGUGGACAAAUGUCUUGCGAUGGACAAUGCGGUACUCUUGUCACCGAUAUCAACGGAAUUCACACCUAUGGAUACUACUGCGCUCCACAGGCUAUUUGCUCGGCUUUCGAUGUAUGGAACGAGUGCACUCGAAGAUGGUUGGACUAUCCGGAUGCCACCGAUUGGGUUGACAUUUGCUGCUGCAACAAUGCCGACAAUUGCAAUUUCCAACGACAGCAACCCAACGUCACUGUUCCCACUCCAACUGGCCCAACAAGGCGAAGAACCCCAAUCUCUUGCUAUUCCGGACUCUCAUUCCUCUACAACAACACUUUCUACGGCUUGACCGACGAUGACAAAUACAUGGCUUGUCAAGGAGAUUGUGCUCAGCUCACCUAUCAAUCUUUCCUUAGCGGAAACAACUUCUUGGCUACCGUUUACACUUGUGAUCCCGUAUCUCUUUGCGCUACACUCGGAAUCGCGAAUAGUUGCACCAAUAUCACAAAAUCGGACAACCGUGGAACGGGAAUCUCUGGCUGUUGCUGUAACUGGAAUGAUUGUAUCAACAAAAACAACGGAAGCAUCAACCCACAACCACACAAAAAUGAUCUCCAAUGCUUCGUCGGUGUCCAAUUGCAAUCGAACCCAAUGAAUUCAAGCACCCGAGUGAUGACUGGAGCCUCAAUGCCUUGCAACGGUGAAUGCGCUUCGGUGAAAACGCAUUUCGGCAGCUACGACAUGUGGUCCUUCAUGUGCGCUCCACAAGUUCUCUGCGACGUUUUCGAUACGGAACGCGAGUGUGGCACUUACCAAAUGGAUGCGGCCGGUGACUAUCUUGAGACUUGCUGCUGUGCCCGCUGGGAUAAUUGCAAUAUCUACGGACAUGGCUUCCCAGUUCCUUCACCCGUUCCAUCCAUCGACCCAACGACUUCUCCAAUUGCUUGCUAUGCUGGCUUUGCGCUCAAUCGAAACGUGCUCACUCCGGACAAUAGAUUCAUGGCUUGUCAAGGACAAUGUGCGCAACUCACUUACGGUUCUCGAGUGAACGGAAACGAUUUCUCGGCGACAAUCUUCACGUGUGAUCCUGCAGCGUUGUGCAACUCGUUCAACAUGUCAAACAGCUGCGGCGAUCUCCAGAACAAUGGCCCCAACGGUACUCGAAUUCGUUCAUGCUGCUGUGGAUGGAGUGACUGUAUCGAUCGAUCGUCAAACAGUUCAUUCUCGGUGAAACCCAUGCCCCAUUGGCACAAGGAUGACUUGAACUGUUAUGUUGGCCUCUCUUUCCUCGGCUCAAAUGGAACAACCAGCUAUGGAUCCUCAAUGGGAAUUUGCAAUGGAGAAUGCAUGAGUGUCGAAACGAUGUUCAACGGAGUCGUCACAAUUGGCUUUUUCUGUUCCUCGGAUUCAGUUUGCGAUGCGAUUGAUCCAACUCGUGGAUGUGCGACUAGAUUCCUUGAUCGAAGCGGCGACUACUUGAAGGGAUGUUGCUGUGCCGACACCGACAACUGUAACACAGCCAGAUAUGGAAUCGACCCAGGAAUGCCAGUGAACACCACCGGAGUGCCAGUGCUUGGCUGCUUGGCCGGUAUCAACUACAAUGGAGUUGUGAAUACUGCUGAUCGCUACAUGGCUUGCCAAGGAGACUGUGCCUCGCUCACCUUCUCGUCGACAAUCAAUGGAGGACAACCAAUCAACUUGACGAUGUUUAUGUGUGAUCCGGUUCAAAUGUGUGCUGGACUUCGCAUGCAGAACCGAUGCCACCGGAUCAGCCAACAAGGAAGCGACAACUCGACCUCGAUUCGUGGAUGCUGUUGUCAAUGGAAUGACUGUAUCGACCCUAACACACUUCAGAUUCGCCCUUACCCAUUGCCAACCUCAACCAACUGCUUUAUCGGUCUCUCCUUCCAGAAUGGAACAAGCACCACAACUUAUGGAGGACCUGGACAAUGCGAUGGCCAAUGUGGAUCACUUGUCACCACCGUUAGCGGAGUCAAGACCUACGGAUACUAUUGUGCCCCACAAUCGCUUUGCUCGGCUUUCGAGCUGUGGAACGAGUGCACAACGCGUUUCAUCGACUCAGCCGCCGACACCGUUGACAUUUGCUGCUGUAACUCGGGAGACAGCUGCAACAUCAACAACCAGCAACCAAAUGUCACCAUCCCAACUCCAACUCCACCAGCGACUAGAGGAUACCCACUCUCAUGCUAUUCCGGUCUCACCUUCCAAUUGGGUGGCACAUUCUACAACUUGACUGAUAGUGAUAAGUACAUGUCAUGCUUUGGAAACUGUGCCGCUGUCACUUAUGCCACCACGGCCAACAACGCAAGCUUUGCCGCCACAAUGUACACCUGUGACCCACAAUACUUGUGCCCAAGUCUCGGAUUGAGCAACCAAUGCGUCAACAUCACUGGAAACACUGGAAAUGGAAUCUCUGGUUGCUGCUGUAACUGGAACGAUUGUAUCAACAAAACCACCGGCAACUCGCUCAACCCAUAUCCAUUGCCAACGAGCAGCAAUUGCUUCAUCGGACUCUCCUUCUUCAACCAGAACACUUCAAUGACCACAACUUAUGGAGGUCAAGGGCAGUGUGAUGGGCAAUGUGGAACACUUGUCACCACCAUCAACGGAAUCAGGACCUACGGAUACUAUUGUGCCCCACAAGCACUCUGCUCGGCUUUCGAGGUGUGGAACGAUUGCACUCGCCGCUUGGUCGACUCGGCCGGUGACGCUGUUGACAUUUGCUGCUGCAAUGGCAUGGACAACUGCAACAUCAUGAACCAGCAACCAAAUGCAACACUACCGACUCCAGUUGUCGCCACUAUUCCUUCAUCACCACUCGCCUGCUAUGCCGGUCUCACUUUCACGUUCGGCGGUCAAUUCUAUAAUUUGACCGGUGACGAUAAGUACAUGCCGUGCUUCGGAAAUUGCGCUGCGAUCACCUACAACACCACCGUCAGCAAUUCAACAUUUGGCGCUACGAUGUUUACCUGUGACCCGGUGUCUUUGUGCGCGGGUCUUGGAAUUGUGGAUACCUGUGUGACUGUGCCGGGAACUGGAAGCGGAAUUCUUGGAUGUUGCUGUAGCUGGAAUGAUUGCGUGAACAAGACGACCGGAAACUCGCUCAACUCCAACCCUUACGCGCUUCCCACCGGACCCGCACCCACGCAGCUCUCGAGCUCGAUUCCGUUCCUCUUCACCACUCUGCUCAUCUUGGUGGCCUCAGUGUUC